AUGGUCAAGGAAACAAAGCUAUACGACUUGCUUGGCGUAUCGCCCUCGGCAAGUGAAAGUGAAAUCAAAAAAGCAUACCGGAAAACGGCUCUCAAAUACCAUCCAGACAAGCCCACGGGAGACACGGAGAAAUUCAAGGAGAUCUCCGAGGCGUUCGACAUUUUGUCCAACGGCGACAAAAGACAGGUUUAUGACGACUACGGCUUAGAGGCCGCCAGGGGCAACGCGCCUGCAGGCGGUAACCCCUUUGCCGGUGCCGGCGGUGCCGGGGGAGCCGGGGGAAUGCCAGGAGGCACCCAUUUCAGUUUCGGAGGAGCCGGCGGCAACCCCUUUUCGCAGGCCGACGCCUUCAACAUCUUUUCGCAAAUGGGCGGCUUCGGCAUGGACGACGGAUUCUCGCGUGGCGGCUUUGGCGGAGGCUCAGGCUUUGGCGGAGGCAUGCCUGGCGGUUUCGGUGGGGGUGCUCGCUCGGCCCGCAUGCCUGAGCCCGACACCGUGCCCAUGCAGUUGCCCGUGAGCUUGGAGGACUUGUACGCGGGGUCGACCAAGAAAAUGAAGCUCAACCGGAAGAGCGCGGACGGGACGAAGGAGAGCAAGAUCCUCGAGGUGAAGAUCAAGCCGGGCUGGAAGGCCGGCACCAAGAUCAACUUUGCCAACGAGGGCGACUACCAGCCCGAGUGCCAUGCCCGCCAGACCGUGCAGUUUGUCAUUGAGGAGAGACCGCACUCGGUGUUCAAGAGAGACGGCAACGACGUGACUGCCACGAUCCCAUUGACGUUCAAGGAGGCGUUGCUUGGCUUUGAUAAGGAGGUCAUGACCUUGAGCGGACGCAAGAUCAACAUCUCCAGAUCCACGCCCGUGCAGCCCUCCUCCACCAACAGAUACCCCAACUUGGGGAUGCCGAUCUCGAAGGAGCCCGGUCGCUUCGGAGACCUCAUCGUCAAAUACAAGAUUGACUUCCCCGUGCACUUGAGCGCGGACCAGAAGGAAGCGAUCAAGAGAGCUUUUUAA